AUGAGUUCCCAGAUCAGUCAGAACUAUCACCAGGAUUGUGAAGCUGCUGUCAAAAGGCAGAUUAAUGUGGAGCUCACUGCCUCCUAUCUCUAUCAGUCUUUGAUGUCCUACUUUGACCGGGAUGAUGUGGCCCUCCCCCACUUCUCCAGGUUCUUCAAAGAUCAGUCCCGGGAGAAGCAGGAACAUGCAGAGAAGCUGCUGAAAUUCCAGAAUCAGCGUGGAGGCCGAGUCCUCCUCCAGGAUGUGAAGAAGCCUGAGAGGGAUGAGUGGGGUAACAGUCUGCAGGCAAUGCAGGUUGCCCUGGAUGUGGAGAAGAAUGUGAACCAGAGUUUGCUGGAUCUACACCAACUCGCCACAGCCCAGACUGACCCUCAUCUGUGUGACUUCCUGGAGACUCACUAUUUGGAUGAGGAGGUGGAGAUCAUCAAGCAACUCGGGGACUACAUCACCAACCUGAAGCGCCUGGGAGCCCCUGAGAAUGGGAUGGGAGAGUACCUGUUUGACAGGCUCUCCCUGGAGCCUAGGGAUCUUGGAGCCGGUUAUGGAUCAAAGCAGGACCAGCACUGGAGGCCUGUGACCUUCUCUUUCUCCCCAUCUCUUGUUCCAGCCAACUGCAGUUGCACCCCCUACCCGGUUAAAUCCCUCUUGACAUUUCUGAGGGACGGUGGCUGGACUCACUGUGGGUUGGCUUUUUCAUUCCUCCAUCUGAGUAACAUAGACCGCUCCAUCUUUGCUCAAGAAGGAGAAAGCUGUUUCUAUCACAAAAUGGCCUCCCAGAUCAGUCAGAACUAUCACCAGGAUUGUGAAGCUGCUGUCAACAAGCAGAUUAAUGUGGAGCUCACUGCCUCCUAUCUCUAUCAGUCUUUGAUGUCGUACUUUGACCGGGAUGUUGUUGCCCUCGCCCAUGUCUCCCGGUUCUUCAAACAUCAGUCCCAGGAGAAGCAGGAACAUGCAGAGAAGCUGCUGAAAUUCCAGAAUCAGCGUGGAGGCAGAGUCCUCCUCCAGGAUGUGAAGCCAGAGAGGGAUGAGUGGAGUAACAGUCUGCAGGCGCUGCAGGUUGCCCUGGAUCUGGAGAAGAAUGUGAACCAGAGUUUGCUGGAUCUACACCAACUCGCCACAGCCCAGACUGACCCUCAUCUGUGUGACUUCCUGGAAACUCACUAUUUGGAUGAGGAGGUGGAGAUCAUCAAGCAACUCGGGGACUACAUCACCAACCUGAAGCGCCUGGGAGCCCCUGAGAAUGGGAUGGGAGAGUACCUGUUUGACAGGCUCCAACAAAAAGUGAAGACAGCCCUUUAUCUACUGACCCAGCUUCCUGAUCACAAAGGUCUAAAGGAAGAGGCCCAGCAGGCUCUGAUUUCAAUCCAGGUGGCGGAAGCAGCAGAGGUGUGA